AUGGUGGCACCAUUCUUCUCCUCCUGGGAUCUAUGGGAGCAGAUGACCUUCGUAUUGGGAGUUGCAAUCUUCGGAGUUUUCUGCGUUGGAUAUGGCAAGUUAAUUUGGAGGAACAAGCUAGUCAAGAAGCAGGAAGUGGCCGAUGAGGAGAAGAGGAUAAGAAUACAGGAACUGAGAACCAGUGGGCAGAUUAUCGAGUCGCGAAAGAGCCACGAUAUCCCAUUCGGAGUCAGGGCCAUUCAGAGUGGCAUACAGGUCGAGGGUAUUUGGAUAUCGACCACAAGUAUUCCAAUACCAAGCGAAAUCAACUUGGAGAACGGAUCUGGAACCUCUGGUACAACUGCAACUUCGGGUUCAAGCAUGAGUGGGCAGGCUGGGAAAACUUCACAGCAAGGAGGAAGGUCAAACUUGAAGGGUAAGGGUUCGGCGCGGUCAUCCAUCGAUCGAACAUUUGAAGAUGCCACUGGUUCUGACGCGACGGGCGCUCGGCAAUCGUAUAAGCCUCUGAGGGAAUCUCAUCUCCGGUACAGUAGUUAUGGAGACUCUCAAUUCAACGAAGAAACUCUCGAACAGUUGGGGGGAAAUUCCACACCAAAGAAGAAAAUAUAUACUCAUCGCCCCCGAGGUUCCCGCAAUGUGGAUCGCGAGGCAGAUUCAUCAUCAGUUGCAGAUAACGAGCAUUCGUCUGGGACCUCGUCGGACUCGGAUGCUACUCUCUCGGGCAAUCGUAUCUUGGUAGGCAACAAGCAAUACCAGUCUUCGGCUGCUCGAGACAUGUCCCAUGGUGAGGAGGCCACUGUUCUGACAAAGAUCCCCUCUGGUAAACCAAUCGGAGAAUACUUCCCAUUCCGAGGCUCGAAAGGACAGUACUCCUCUGUUCCGAUUGAUCCUCCUACACUGGGGGGAGCAGACCCCUAUUCAGACCCCUCCCGAACCUCCAUGGAUUGCAAUCAACCUAGGUCUCAUGAUACAUGGGCUGGUGAGGAAUCAAGGGUGUCGCAGGAAACUCAGCCUGCUCGCCAGUCACGAGAUCCAUCUCCCCCUCCAUUCGUCCCCGGAGAACUUCAUAUCAAUAAGUCGGUGCGAAAAGUUAACUCGGGUUUCCAGGUUUUACCGGCUGGAACAUUUGGCGUCCCUGCAGAACUGCAAAAUGUGGACCUUGAAGGCCGGUACAAUCCCGAGUAUGACUCGACUGAUAGGCGACAAUCUAAACUUCAGAAGAAGAGACGUUCAUCAAUAAUAGGGAGACGAAUCUCAGGCACCUAA